CCCCUUCGCCGUCUGCUGCUAUUCUUCUUCUUCUCCGUCACCGUCUUAACCUUCAACUUGUUGUUGUUAUUAUUUUUAAGGUUAAGAUGUCGUCGAAGGUGCUGGAGGUUUGCGUGGACAGUUUCGAGUCGGCGAUGGCCGCGAUCCUCGGUGGUGCAUCCAGGUUGGAGUUGUGCUCCUCUCUUUCGGAGGGCGGCCUGACGCCGACGCCCGGUCUCCUCAUCCAGGUGCAGAACCAGAACGUCGACAAGGUCCCCGUCUACUGCAUGAUCCGCUGCAGACCCGGGAAUUUCGUGUACACCCACGAGGAGAUGGAGAUCAUGAAGGAGGACGCGAAGAUCCUGAGGAAGCUCGGUGCGGACGGCAUCGUGUUCGGGGCGCUCCUCGAGAACGGCGACGUCGACAUGAAGAACUCCAGGGAGAUCGUCAAAGCCGCCUUCCCGCUUCCGCUCACCUUCCACAGGGCCUUCGACUAUUGCCGCAGACCGACCAUCGAGAUGGAGGUGAUCAUCGACCUCGGUUUCAGCCGCAUCCUGACCAGCGGCAAACAGGUGAACGCUCAGAUGGGCGUCAAACUGAUCAAGAAGCUGAUCGAGCAGGCGGAGAAACGCAUCAUAAUCAUGCCAGGCUGCGGCGUCACCGUGGAAACCCUCAAGUACAUCAUCGAUAAUACGGGGGCUGCAGAGUAUCAUGGAUCGUUCAAGAAACCCAAACCCAGUACGAUGGCUGAAGGUGAGACAGAGACGGAGGCGAAGCUCUGCGACAAGGAGGUGGAGCUGUUCGUGACCAGUCAGGAUCUCGUCGCCGAGGCUGUCCACAUCCUCUCACUCGACUGAAACAGUGAAGUAUUAUUGCUGGUACGAUUGCAAGGGGGAAUAUGAAAUAUAUUUUUGUGAGUGCCCUCCCUGCUGGAGCAGAGAAUCAUUUCUUUAUAUCUGUGUGAGGCAAGUUCGUGAUGGAGACACUUUUCAUUUACUUUCACAAUUCCUACAAUAACAAGAAGCACUGUACGAGUGCUUAUGUACAACAAAACCCAUCUUUUAUUUAUGUGUGAUUACGUUUUUUUCAUUUAUUAAUAAAUUUUAUUUUAUUUUCAA